UGUUCAUAACAAUGGCAGGUGCUCUCAGACAGUAGACAAGAUUAUGUUCAAAACGUGAAUUGUAUGCAACAGUGUUAUGGAUAGACUAAGCAUUAUUUCCGGCGCUCUGUUUCUAACAGCAGAUGUCUUUGCUGUUAUAAGCCUUGCGUUACCGAACUGGAUUGUAUCGGAUAUUGGUGGUCGAACGUACAUUGGUUUGAUGGAGUCAUGCCUGAGUAACUACAACCAGCCCCAGACAUGUUUCACCACCAGUCCACUGAGACUAGAAUGGCUAUUGACCUUUGUGUGUAUAAUCCUGGGUAUACUCUGCAUCACAGCAACUAUAAUUCUACUGAUUAUGUCUCACUGGAAGUACCGCAUAAUGAAGCACGCUCGAUGGCUGGGAUUUAUAGCAAUGGUGCUCUUUUGCAAAGCAGCAGUGAUUUUCCCAAUUGGUUUCAACAUGGAGCAGAUCGGAGGGAAGGCUUACCAACUCCCAAACAAUUACCAAGUUGGAAUAUCCUACAUAUUCUUUGUACUGGCACUGUGGAUAACAGUUGUCUCCGAACUUUUUGCCAGCAAAGUUUGUCUGCCACAUUUUUAAAGCAAAUUGCUGCUAACUUAUAAUGAUCUUAGUAGAGUAUACAUGCAUCACAGAAAAAAAUAAUGCAUUUCUAACAUUUAUUAAUGCACAAAGGUAUUUGCAUUUUAAUCUAUAUAAAGAGUGUGAUGUUUUAAUUGGUGUAAAAUCAUUCACAAAUUGUUAUUUUGUACAUUUACUAAAAAUCUCAAUAGUAAUUUGGCCAUAACAAACAAGCUGGUUUUCAGAACAGCAAACAUUACUUUUGAAUGUGCCAUACUAAUGUUUUAUUGAAAUAUACUUAUGUAUAUAAUAAAUUCUGAAAAAUGAGGACAGUUCUGCUGAACUGUCAUCCUCCAAGUUCAAGGGUUUGUGACUUUGAAAACCAUGAUUGUUUCUUGCCUUUACAUUUCUGAUUGAAAACAGGUUGGUUUUACCCUUCAAUGAUCAUGAGAACCAAAUGAUUAAUUUUGUCUACCCUGAUAACUUGCUUACUUCACCUAUAUACAUGUACAUUUGUACAUGUAAUUAUAUAUACAGUGUAUAUAUAAAGAGAGAGGGGGAAAAUUAAAGCAAGCUAGUAUUAAUCAGCUACAAUUUCAUAACAGUUUGACUGCAAGUACAUUAGUACAAUUUAUCUCAUUAGGGAAUAACAGGAUCAACUGAUCGAGGGCACAAGUUAAGAAAAAAUGGUAGUGUAAUACCAGCACAUAGCUGUUUGUUACAUAACCAGUCAGUGAUACCAAUUCAACAUUACAACUGAAAUCAUUUGAUAGAAAUUAUAUAUAGCAACUAUAUGUUGAGCAAUAUUAUCACAAGCAUUAAAUGUUUAUAGCUUACCUGGUCCAAAGGACCAAGGUGAGCUUAUGCCAUAUACAAUGGCAUCUGUCCGUCCGUCAACAAUACCUUGUUAACAGGAAAACUUGAGUUGAUAUCAACCAAGUUUGAUGAAACUUUGUAGACAAAUAUCAACAAUAUUAUUCAACAGUAACAGUACUAACUGACAGUUUAGCUCACCUGGCCUGUCAACAAUUCUUUUAAAUCCCUACUAGUCCUGAUGCCUCGAUGAAUCUUGAUGAAAUUUGGUCUGGAGCACUAUAUUGGGCCAAUGAGAUCUAACAUGGUAUAAUUAGAGGGUGUGGCUAUCCCCUGGGGCCUGAGGUGCAGCACCCAAUAGAGGAAAUUGAGGUACAUUGUAUAUCAGUUAAAUCACUUGUAGUCCUGAACAGCUGAAUAGAUUUUUAUAAAAAUUGGUCUCGAGCAUUAUUUGGUAAGUGAGAUCUAAUGUUGUAUAAAUGAAGGAUGUGGCACUUUUGGGGCAGGAGUAAGAGGGAUAAAGUCCACCUGUAGUUUGAACCAUUAUUGGGAGAGGUAGUUCAAAAGUAGGAAAAUAUUUAAAAUAUAAUUUAAAUAAGAGUAUUUUGCGAUAAUUACUGAAAUAUCCAGGUGAGCGAUGCAGGCCCAGCCUCUUGUUUUAUCAGCAGGUUUGGCAUUGUGUAAGAGUUGUGUCCCUUUGGUUGGUGUAAGUUAUUAACCUAGCCCUCCUACUGGAUAUAUGUUUUGUGAUCGCUAUACAUAAUACAAUGUACUGUCUAAAUCAAUGCCUAUGUUCUAUGAGAGCCAUUUUAAUGUGAACUUGUCAUUAAAGGUUGUCUGUUAUUCUAUGGUCAUUCUCUUGUACUCUGUCUGACUAAGCUUGUUUUAAUAGUUAAGACAUCAUUUAUCAGUUUAUCAUUUUCAUUUUCAAAAAGCAGAAUAGAUUAGAAAAAAAAUACAUGUUUUAUCAAAGAAGCUUAUUUUAACAUUUAACUUUGGACCAAAAUUUACAAAGGAAUUUAAACAACACAAUAUUAUGUCCAAUAAAUGUGUUCAACUUAGAUAUCUAUCAAAGGAGUGACCUACGUAACCAAGGUUACAGACAAGCCUGUGGAUAGAGUGUCGAUCCUACACAAUAGUUAAUUUCAUGAUGCACUAUAUAAUUCAAUAUGACUAUUUCAUAUAGCAGUAACUAAUUUAAAAAAAAAAAAUGAGCUAAAACCUUCAAAUACAUUUCACUCUAUAAAUGUUUACUCAAAUAUACAACAUAGUAACACAAAUGAUUAAGGGUCUCAAACUCACGAUCUACAUCACCUAUUUGCCUAGCCAGAAAUACCCGCAGCUUACACCACUUCACCAUAUCCACAAUCAUUCCUAAAUAUACAUUUACAUUCUUUAUUAUCCUCUUUAAUAGGCUUUCUUUGUUCCUAUGACAGGAUGAUUAUAGGUUGCAGACCCUUUUUGGGAGCUCUACCUUUUGUCAAUUUCAAUAAUGUUGUAGGAUAGUAAAUGACAGGUAGCAUAUAUAAUGAUGAACUCUUAACACAAUUAUGACUUUAAAAAGAUGUUUUACUAUAUCGGCAUUAGUAUCCUUUGUGUUGUUUUCCUACUUUGUUUCAUAGAUGUGUAUUAGGGUCACAAAACAAACCAGUUAUUAACUUUUAUUUGCAGUAUUAGCAAUUGUUAUCAUCAUUCAUGUUCACAAAUAUUUGUUAUUAUUUUUUAUUAUUAUUAUUAUUUUGUUAUUGUGAAGUCUAGUCAAUAAAAUGUGCAUGAUAUGAUACAUGAAUUUAUAAUAAAAGUUUGACAAAGAAA